AUGCGCUUCACCGGACUAUAUGCUGCGGGUCUGAUCGCACCUCUCGUGGCUGCUCACAGCGACUUCCCCGUACCGAAGAUCGUUGGCUUGGGACCGAGAGACAUCGGGAAACUUAGGGCUAGGAACAUUCUUGGUGGACAUGCGGCGCAUGUUGCAGGACCCGAGCACCGUUUGGCAGCACGUCAGGGCGGCGCCGAUGGUCGAUGCGGGCCGAAUAACGGCCGUGCUAGUUGCGCUGAGGGCUAUUGCUGCUCUGUAGAGGGUUACUGUGGUCAAGGAGGUGACUACUGCCAAGCACCCGACUGCCAGUUUGAGUAUGGUCCAGGUUGCGACGCCAACAAAGUCCCAACUGGAGGCAGCACCCGCAACAUUGCUCGUCCUAAGAUCGGCGGCCAACCCUACGGUGGAGAGGGUAUCUACGACUGCACUGAGCCAAACACAAUCGCCAUCACAUACGAUGAUGGACCUUACAUUUACACUGAAGGCGUGUUGGAUCAGUUCAAAGCCGCCGAGGCAAAGGCCACUUUCUUCAUUACCGGUAUCAACAUUAACAAAGGCGCGAUCGACGAUGCGAGCAAGCCAUGGGCUGCUACAAUUAGGCGUAUGAUCGCCGAAGGACAUCAAGUUGCGAGUCACACAUGGUCCCAUCAAGAUCUCAGCGCCAUUACGAAGGAGCAACGAUACGACCAGAUGGUCAGGAACGAGAUGGCAUUCGCCAACAUCAUGGGCAAAUUUCCAACAUACAUGCGUCCACCAUACUCGUCUUGCUCGGCUGCAUCAGGAUGUCAGCAGGAUCUUGCGGAUCUGGGAUAUAUCGUCUCGUACUUCGAUCUUGAUACUGAUGACUACAACAACAUCACCCCAGACACGGUCCAAAAUGCCAAAAACAGGGUCAAGGCAGCCAUCGACCCCAGCAAUCCUGAAUUGGACGCUUUCCAGGCUAUCGCCCACGAUAUUCAUCAGCAGACUGCACAGAACCUGACAGGUUAUAUGAUCCAGACGAUGCAGGCAAAGGGAUACAAGCUAGUCACAUUGGGCGAGUGCCUAGGCGAGCCAGAAGCCAAUUGGUACCGAGAUGCUUCUACCGGCCGUGUACCGUCCUCUGUCCCCACACCACCUGUAGCAACAUCCACAUCUGCCACCCGUAGUGCUACUUCCAGUGGGUCUACUGCCACCCCUACGGCUGUUUCCCAGGACAGCACUUGCGGAGCCACAUCUGGGUUCACGUGUCUCGGCUUUGCCCAAGGCGAAUGCUGCUCCCAAUACGGUUACUGCGGCAACACAGAAGGCCACUGCGGAACUGGCUGCCAGGCUGGUUUCGGCAAGUGCGGCAACUCUGCCUCUGUUUCUUCAGGUACCGGUGCUUCAUCAUCUGGCUCCGUUGCCGCAUCUCAGCCAGCAUCGACCCAAGCAUCUUCAUCCGCUUCAGCUCCUACCUCUGCGCCCAGCGGCCUUGUUAUGUCAACAGAUGGGUCAUGCGGUGCGGCGAAGGGCUUCACAUGCACUGGUUUCUCGGAGGGUGAAUGCUGCUCCCAGUAUGGAUGGUGCGGUACCAGUGCUGAUCACUGUGGAACGGGCUGCAACCCGCUGUUUGGUAAAUGCCCCGGGUCUGGUUCGUCGUCUCCCAGCGCUGCACCACCUGCAUCUAGUGCUGCACCAACUACUAUUGCGACAUCGUCAACAGCACGCAGUCUCACCACGUCCACCCGCCCGGUCACCACCAGCACCAGUACCAGCAUCCGCGCUUCCACUACUAGCACACGUACCUCAUCUACCCCAGCAGCCACUUCUUCGCCAGCGAAGCUCAAGGUUAGCACAGAUCGCAGGUGUGGUGCGGACCGGAAGUCGACUUGCAAGGGCUCUGCAUCUGCCCUAAUCUCCCUCACCAUGGCGGACCUGCAAGAGCUGUUUGCCCGCCUCAACGGUGGCGCAUCUGGCAACAACCAGCAGCAGCAACAACAACAACAACCCGGUUAUCAACAGCCCUCCGUCUCCUCGCCUCUCUUCUCUCCACAACCAGGUGGCCCGCAGCCGCAUCAUCAGUCUGCCAUCAUGUCGCCCAACUCAUCCAUGGCGAACACGCCCGCGCCUGAGCAGGUAUCACAGCAGACGCCGCAACAGCAGUCUACAAACCUACUCAACCUCCUCCGCUUCAACUCGCAGGGCGGCGGUGGACAGGCCAGACGCGUCUCGCAGCAAUCGCAGGCGCCUGAUCUGAACUUGGCAAGCGUCAUGGGUACCAGGACGCCGUCUCAAGGCGCUCCCGCCCCAGCACAGUCGUCGCCCCAGCAGAACCCGCAGGAUCUCCUUCUGCGCCUGCUGAACCACCCGAAGCCAGCCCAGUCUAGCACCCGCUCAUCUCGAGCCGCCUCCACUGUGCGUUCUCCGCCAGCCGCGUCCCACAAGCCUGAAACGGUUGUGGACGACCUGGCGCAGGAUCUCGCAGACGCUGAGCUAGAGCACGUAUCCUCCGACCCCACUGCACAUACUCCAGGAGCCUCUGCCGCUGCCUCGCCCAUGAGGGUCUUUGGCUCCGACGGCAGGGAGCCCUCGUUGCGCUUCCAGCCUGACGCGGCUUCGCUCGCUCCCAAAUUCACUUACGUCAACCCCUUCGAUCAGCUCGAAGCUGCCAGCCCUCGCCACCGCACCCCGAUCCAGCAAGGCUCCAAGCCUCCUGCCCCCAAGAUGGAGAUCCUCAAGAAGAACGCAGUCGAAGCCUCCGCCCCCCACGACGACGCUCCUGCCCAUACACACGAAACUGUGGCCGAGGCCGUGAGCGACUUGGGCGAGCAGGUUGGUCAGCAGAUCGAGGAUGCGCUUGCUGAAGCCGAGGCCUCUGCUCUCCCCAAACCCGAGGAGGUUGCACAAGUCCAGGAGACUAUGACUGAGAUUGCAAACGAAAUCAAGGACGAAUUUGCCGAUCCAAGCACAGCUAAGGAGAUUGAGGCCAGCAUGCCCAAGCCCAUUGCAGCUGCCUUGAAGGAAGUCGCGACCGAGAUUGCCCAAGACAAUGUCGCCGAAGACUGGGAGACCGCUGAAGCUGAGGAGAGCCUCGCAAAGGGUGAGGACCAGACGGUAAUAGUCUACAGGUUCCCCAUGCGUGCCUUUGCCUCUAUUCAGGUUAACCAGAUGCCGCCCCGCCGUCUCUACUUCGCCAACGAGCUUUUCAUGGACAUUGCUCGCUUGAAGAAGGACUUCGACCAGAUCGACCGGUCCCUAGUUUCAGCAAGCAAGAACUUCAUCGUAUACGCUCUUGUCAAGAAGGGUGGUUUCCGUAUUAUCCGCCAGGAGAACGGGCACUACCGCCAGGUCUUCGAGAACCACCAAGAGCGCAUCUUCAACAUCGCCCUCUGCACUUCAGCAGACGACUCCCAGCAACCUCUCGAGAGCAUCCUCGGAAUUGGCGUCAACGGCACUGUUUUCUGGACUUCUCUCGACCCUGCUCGUGAGGAUCAGUUCGGUGAGAACCUCGACUCUCAGGGUCUGAUGCUUCCCCCAUCGCCAUCUCAAGAUGAUAACACAUCUGGAGGCCAGCUCAAGACUCGCGCGAAGCCAUCUUCGCGUCACCCAGAGUUCUUUGCUGUCGGCAGGGGCAAGUCCAUCCACAUCGUCUUCCCCAAGGUUGCCGCUGAGUAUGCUCGCAGCAAGAGCCGCAUCUGCCAUACUGAGAAGUACCUCAAGGAGCGCUCUCUCAAGAUCCUCACUGGCAAGGCUGGCAAGGACUUCACCUUCAGCGAGGACGAUACCAUCAUCGUGUCACUCGACAAGGCCGGCCGCAUGCGUUUCUGGGACAUCCGUGCCCUCACUGAGCCAGACCUUGGCAACCCUCGCAGCCCACCCCGCCAGGUCGAGGUCUCCGAGACCCUGCUGGAGUUCCACACCACCACACCCAACGCCAAGUCAUGGCCCACUUCAGUAUUCUUCUUUGACAAAGACAAGCCAUAUACUAAGGGUAUUGCGUUGCGCUAUGUCAUGGUUGGUAUGAAGCAGAAUCACGCCUUCCAGCUGUGGGAUCUUGGCCUCAACAAGGCCGUUCAGGAGAUUCACCUACCUCACGAGAACGAGUCGGAUGCCAUUUGCAGCGUCUCUUUCCACCCCCGCACCGGUAUCAUGGCUGUCGCCCACCCUACUAGGAACUCGAUCUUCUUCGUCCACGUCUCCUGCCCGAGAUACAACCUUCCUGCCCUGAGCCAAGCUGCCUACAUAUCCCGCUUGGCAAACAAGGGUGACAGAGGCCAGAACCCUCUGCCUCCAGUCAACGCUACUGCGAUCAUGACUAGUAUCACGGAGUACUCUUUCGCUUCCAAGGGACAGAUUAGGAGCCUGCACAUGCUCAACGAACCCGCUGGACCUUCUGAUGUCGAUGACCCUGACAAUGCUGCUCUUUUUGAGCUGUACGUUAUGCACUCCAAGGGUGUCUGCGUUUUGCGCAUUCGACGAAGCGACCUCGGCUGGAAGAAGGAGGGCGAGCCUAUUCACCCCAAGGAAGCCGAAGAGGAGGGUGUGAUUACCAUUUCGCAGCUCAAGCCACCUCAGCCUGUCACCGACGAGUCCUCUACUGCUGGCGACACUCCUGCGCCUAAGUCGGUCUCUGAUCGAUCUGCUGCUCGGGAGCCUUUGAAGAGGGAGAGCAGCAACGUAUCCAAGCAGUCCAUCAACCCCGAGGCUGCUAUGCGUGCAUCUACCCUGGCAAAGGUUGAGAGCAAGCAAGACGCGGCUCGUGCAGCUAUCAUCAACGGCGGCGAGAAGUCUGAAAAGAAGAAGAAGAAGCGCUCGGCCGCCACAGAGACUGCUUCCCAGGUCUCGGCAGCACCAUCGGCUGUGGCUUCCACUUCUACCCGUGCGCCUCCAGCUAUGCCUCCGUCAUACGCGCAAGCUGCUCAGGCAACACCGCAGUCCAAGUCCCCGGCACCACCUGAGGCGCCUGUUGUACAGGAUGCCGCCAAGUCCAAGCCCGUUGACACGACCGAAGCGCCUGAGUGGGCUAAGCAACUCAUCAACAAGCACUUCCAGCAACCGAGCGCCGCCCCCGCCCCUGCACACUCAGCAGAGUUCGAUGCCAAGAAGCUUGAGGACCUUGUACAGGCUGAGAUCACCAAGGGCUUCUCUCGCGAAUUAGAUGUCAUGUACAAACGCUUUGACGAAGACAAGCGCGUUUUGAACGCAACAAACGCCGCCAACCAGCAGGCCGUCCUACGCAUGGUCUCUAGCACGCUCAACGAGAAUGUCGAAGGUGUAAUUGGGAAGAUGGUUGAUGAUAACAUCCGCAACGUUGUACUCCCUGAGGUACUGGCAAAGACUACUACUACCCUCGAACAGGGUCUGAGCACCAACCUCAAAUCCGUUUUGACACAGCAAUUGUCAAAGGAGGUUCCAGACGCAGUCUCCCGGGCAUUUAAGCAACCGCAGUUGUUCCAGUCACUCUCCGAUCAGGUCGCGAAGAAGAUUGCUAGCAACUUCGAGCCUAUGAUCGCUGCCUCCGUUGCCACAGUCGUCAACCCGGCCAUGUCUAAUUUGACAAACAUCAUCGAGCGUCAGAUUGGUUCGGAGCUUCGACAAGCUCAUGCUCAACGCCGUGAAGACGCUGCCAAGAUUGCCGCGCUGACUGACACCGUGCAUACAUGCUUGGAGACUAUUCAGACCAUGGCCGCCACCCAGACCGAACUUCAAUCUCAGGUCGCGAAGCUACUCGAAGCUCGCCAAGCUCCAGGUCCUCAACGUGGAGGAGAAGCUUCGCCUGUUGUUACGCGCUCCCCUCCAAAGCAAAAGUCACAAGAGGAGCUUGAGAUUGAAUCCAUUACUCGCCUUAUGUCAGAAGGCAACUACGAGCAGGGCACCAUGCAGUGGCUGCAAUCACCUCGCAGUGCCGCACUCUUUGAUGCUGUCUUUGUCCGCUGCGACCCCGCCUACCUUCGCCAGGUGAGCCCGUUGCUAGCUCUAUCGACUGGUGCCGUCGUGUCUGAGUCCCUGGGACGCAACCUGACAGAGCGCCUUGUCUGGCUCAACGCUGUCUUCACGAGUGUCAACCCUAACGACGCCGAAAUUCGCGAUAUCAUUCCCAAGAUCAUGGACGUCGUCAUUCAGCGCUUGACAGCUGCAUACAUUCAACUCAACGAGAGCACACCUGGUAGCCCGCUCCUUCGUGCCAUCUCUCAGCUGGUCAACAAGUGCAACGAGAUGACUCGUGCCGCCGCACCCUUCAGCCCUCGCGGUUGA